AUGAAGAUAGAAGAGGUCAAAAGCACAACCCGCCAACAGCGUAUUGCGAGCCACAGUCACAUAAAAGGUCUAGGCCUUAAUGAAGAUGGCAUCGCAGACCGCGGUUCUUCAGGCCUUGUAGGCCAAGAUGCUGCCCGUGAAGCUGGAGGAAUUGUUGUCGAGCUGAUCAAAUCCAAGAAAAUGGCAGGUCGUGCUAUAUUGCUUGCAGGCCCACCAGGAACAGGCAAAACAGCAAUUGCGCUAGCAAUUGCUCAAGAACUUGGCCCCAAAGUCCCAUUUUGCCCUAUGGUUGGGUCUGAAGUCUACUCUUCUGAAGUCAAAAAGACUGAAAUUUUGAUGGAAAACUUCCGCAGAGCUAUCGGCUUACGAAUAAAAGAAACCAAAGAAGUCUGGGAAGGCGAAGUCACUGAAAUUUCUCCUCAAGAACAAGAAGACCAAUAUGGAGGCAGUGGAAAAACAGUGACUUCCGUCAUAAUUGGUUUAAAAACAGCCAAAGGUACCAAGCAGCUGAGGCUAGACCCAACAAUUUUCGAAAGCAUCCAAAAAGAAAAAGUUUCAAUAGGAGAUAUCAUAUAUAUAGAAGCCAGCAGUGGUAAUGUAAAAAGAGUCGGCAGAAGUGACGCCUAUGCUACCGAAUUUGACUUAGAAGCUGAAGAAUAUGUCCCAAUCCCUAAAGGUGACGUUCACAAGAAAAAAGAAAUAAUUCAAGACGUCACUUUACAUGACUUAGACAUGGCCAAUGCCAAGCCUCAGGGUGGAAAAGAUUUUUUGUCUAUGAUGGGGCAGAUUAUGAAGCCAAAAAAAACUGAAAUUACAGAAAAAUUGAGAGGGGAAAUAAAUAAGGUGGUUAAUAGGUAUAUUGACCAAGGGAUAGCAGAAUUAGUGCCUGGGGUGCUGUUUAUUGAUGAAGUCCAUAUGCUGGAUAUUGAGUGUUUUACAUAUUUAAAUAGAGCUCUGGAGUCCCCAUUGUCACCAAUUGUGAUUUUAGCUACAAAUAGAGGAAUUACUACAAUUAGAGGGACAGAAAUACAAGCCCCUCAUGGGAUCCCACAAGAUUUAUUGGACAGGCUGCUGAUUAUUAGGACUAUGCCUUAUUCUUUGGCAGAAAUUGUGGAAAUUGUUGCAAUUAGAGCGAGCGCAGAAGGGUUGUCAAUGGAAGAAGAAGCCCUUGCACAUUUUGGAUAUAUAGGAUCACAGACAACAUUAAGAUAUGUAAUGCAGCUAUUAACCCCAAGCAGAAUUAUUGCAGAAACUAAUGGCAGGGACAAAAUAUGUAGAGCUGAUGUAGAAGAAGCUGGAAAACUUUUCUUCCAUGGAAAACAAAGUGCACAGAUUUUAAGAGAGCAGGCAGAUCAGUAUAUUUCUUAA